UGAGAAUUCACGCAGCCGCGACGAACACUAGCGAACACUAGAAUUAUGAUUCUGAUCAAGGACGAGAUCAAUUGUCACCCUCUACUUACUUUCCCCACACUCAACCGAUGGCUCCUAAAACUUGAAAGCCCAAAGCCCAACCUCAUCCAUCUCCCGCACACAAUCAUAAGAAUGGCAGCCUCUAAAGCAUCUUCAGAAGCACCUCCUUCCAAUGGCCUCAUAGCCGCGGUGGUUGUUUUCUACAUUGUUGCUGCACUAACGGUCUGCCUCUUCUCUGAAUGUCUGAAAUCAGACUCUAACAUGAUACGGCCUACCAGAUGAUCAUGGCGUGCGUCCCAAUGCCCGCCUUUCUGCCGUCCCACUGAACUGUGUGUGUGUGCAGCAACAAAUGGGUUCUCAACUCGACCACGGCACCAUUCUUCUUCCUCCUCAUUCAAAUCGUCAUAGCCGUCAUUCUCUUCCUCGCCGUGGAUCUCUUCCACUUGUUCCCGGAUCGGCUAUCUCUAGACUGGAAGAUCUGCAAAGCGCUCGUCCCCAUGGUCGCGCUCAACGUCCUCGGCCUGAGUUUCAGCAACCUCACGCUGAAGUACGUCGACGCGUCGUUCUACCAGGUCGCCCGCGGGCUCGUUCUCCCGCUCACGGUCGUCGCGUCGCUGGUGGUUCUGCAGGCGCGGCCGUCCCUGCGGGUGCUGUCCGCCUGCGGGGUCGUCACGGCGGGGUUCUUCUGCGGCGUGCUGCUGGAUGGGACGCCGGUGUCGCUGGUGGGCGUGGUCUUUGGCGUGGUCAGCUCGUCCGUGACGGCGCUGGCCUCCGUCGUCAUCAAGCGCAGCCUGGAUGUGGUGGACGGGAGCAGCAUUCUCCUUUCGUGGUACACGAACGUUCUUAGCGUCUUUGUCUUCGUCCCGAUGGUGUUCAUUACUGGUGAAGGACCGAGUGUGUGGGCCCUGUGCACCGGCAUGGCUGACUUGAAGACGUUCUUAUGGGGUUCUUUGAUCACGGGCGUGGUCGGCUUUCUCAUCAGCAUAGCAGGAGUGCUCUCUAUCAAAGUGACCUCGCCCAUAACACACAUGGUGUCUUCGGCUGUGAGGGGCGUGGCAUCGUCUUUCCUAGGUCUUUGGCUCUUCCACGAUUCGAUAUCCCCCGGGAGAGCAGCUUCGAUUACGGUUGUCCUCGGCGGCUCAAUCUAUUAUACAUGGGUCAAGCACCAAGAGGCUGAUGGGAAGGCGAGAAGGGAUUCAUCGUCACAAUACGAGCGAUUGGCGAUGGAUGAGACGGACAGACAUAAACUAGGGAAUCUGGAAGAGGGCGGAGCACCGCCUUUGCGUACUUAGAUUAAAUAAGCUGGACU